AUGAUCUUCUUCCUGAUGCUCAUCCCCCUCUGGUCAGGGUCAGCUUCUGAUGCUGGCUACUUUAAGCCGGUAUUGAGGAUCGAUAUCGCGCUCCGGCUGGUUGGCAUCUGCACGACAAGCGUGCGUCAUGAGUACUGGCAAUAUCUUUUGGCGCAAGGAGUGUGUAUCGGUCUCGCAAAUGGGUGCAUGUUCGUGCCAACAAUGUCGAAACAAUCGACAUACUUUGACCCUAGUCGAAGGAGCCUUGCCAUCGGGCUGAUCUUAUGUGGAUCUGCAACAGGUGGUAUGGUAUUUCCAAUGAUGCUCAAUCGACUCUUUGGGAUCAUCGGCUACAGCUGGUCUGUCAGGUCUUUCGGCUUCAUGGCACUCGCGUUGCUUGUGCUUGCUGAGAGGUUGCUGAAGAAGAGGUUACCACCGAAGGACUCGGCGAAGUUUUUCGAACCGAACGAGCUGAAAGACAGUGUCUUUGUACUCUUUGUACUUGGCUCCUUCCUACACUUUAGUGGGCGCUACUUCGCAUUCUUCUAUGUCAACGCAUACGCGCGCAACCAACUAGAACUGAGUCUGGAAGAGACUUUACCCAUUCUAAUGGUGCUCAAUGGCGUUGGAGUUCCCGGUCGACUCAUUCCGAUGUACAUGGCGGAUCGUUACUUCCGUCCUGUUCACGUGGGCCUCCCGAUCAACCUAAUAACCGCACUCUUGCUCUUCGUGUAGAUUGCGAUCAAGUCGACAGCCUCGAUGUACGUGUUUGCAGUCGUGUACGGGUUGUUCGCUAGCACUCUAUAAGGGCUCUUUCCAGCAACCA